AUGAUGAAUGGUGAGGUUGUUGGCUCAGGGUUUGGUGGAGUUUCCGUUAAUUUUGUCGAGCUUGCGGAAGUUAUAGUCGGGUUUGAAGUUGAUAUAGGUCUAGUCGGACCUGAAAAAUUUGUAACUGGUUCUGAAAAACCUGAAACUUUCGUAGCAGUCCUGGUCGGAACUGACGUUGUCGUGAUUUCCUCUGACGGUUUAGUAGUUUCAACAGACGUGGAUUUCGUUUUUGUAGCAGGCUCUGAAGACUUUGUAAUGUCAGUAAUAGGCUCAAUUGUUCUUGAAGUUCUUGUCGCAGGCUCAGAGGGACUUGGCGUUUCUGUAACAGUUGGUCCAGAUGUUCUCGUGGAAAAUUCUGUGAAAGACACAAUUGUUACUGGGGUUCUUGUAGCACGUUCAGGAGUACCUGGCGUUUCUGUGACAGUCCCUGUUGGUUCUAGCGUCCAUGAAGCAGAUGUUGAGAGCUUUGGAGUUUCUGUGAAAGUCGUUGUUGCUUCUGGCGUUUUUGAAGCAGAUGUUGAGUGUGCUGGAGUUCUUGUGACAGUCGUGGUUGGUCCAAACGUUCCUGAGGGAAUCUCUGACGGUCCAAAUUUUUAUGCAAGGCACAUGUUAUUGGAGUUAGCAUGUAAAGAGGUACCUGGCGUUUUCGUGACAGUUGUUGUUGAUUCUGGCGUUUUUGAAACAACAGUUGUAGUUUUUGGAUUCUCUGUGAAAGUCGUUGUUUCUUUUGGCGUAUUUGAGGCAAAUGAUGAGAUUUCCGGAGUUUCUGUGAUAGACGUGGUUGGCCCAAACGUUUCCGAGGGAAUCUCUGACGGUCCUGAAAUUUUUAUGCAAGGCACAGUUGUUGUUGGAGUUAGCAUGUACAGAGGUACCCGGCGUUUUCGUGACAGUCGUUGUUGAUU